AUGGACGGGCCCAUUGCAUCAGCUGUAGUCCUUCCGGAUGACCUACUACAGCCAGCCUCGCCCCCUGUGAACGGCCACAAAAGACGCCAGGAAUCACUAUCAGAAGACACCGCAAAGCGACCGCGACUCGACGAUGACACUACAACUGGAGACAGACGUGACUCUAUUACCAAGGACUCCAAGGACCCCAAGCCCGCUCCAGUGCGACGCGAGAGGGGACGAGAGCGCAGAUUGUUUGGCGCCGCUUUGGGUGCACUCUCACAGAACACUACUACUACAGCGCAGAAACGUCGUGCCGAGAUCGAGAAGCGUCAACUAGCUCAGCGCAAACAGGACGACCAAGAGAGCGAACAGAGGAAGGCAGAGCGAACAGCCAGGCGCAAAGAGCAACGAUGGAAGGAGCAGAAGCAUUUCGAGAAGCAGUCGAUGCGCAUCCGUCAUGAAAAUCUACUCGCCAUGGCGCACUUCCUCCAGACAAAGGCCGAGCCACACCUCUUUUACAAACCCUGGGAGACUAGUCCCGACGAAGAAGACCGUAUACGCGAUCAAAUAACCGAAGCCAAAGAGACCAUCAAACGCGAGGUAGAGGAGUUCGAGGCACGACAGCAGCCGGAUAAUCUGCGGAGGCGGGAUACUUCCGACGGAAGGAUUGGUGAUGCAGAGGGUUCGGAAACUGGUAAGAACCAUCAUGCAGAUGCACCUCCAGAAACAACCACAGCCAAUGGCGGGACUAAUGGUAGCGCCACUUCCCCCAAGGAUCUGGACAAGGACCUGGACAUCAAAGAUCAUCCUUUCGAUACCGCUGAUGCUGAUGGGAAAGCCGAGCGCGCCACUGAGGAUAUGCAGACCAGCAAUGUUGCAACUCAUGGAACUGUCGCUGACCCAACCAUCAAGGAAGACGACGAUGAGAACGGAGAGGAUGUCGUCGAAGAAGCCGCCGAGGAUACUGUCAUCUAUUGA